UAAGCGAAAACCGCGUGCGAGCUCUGAGUUCCGAACGCCGUCAAUCUAUCCCAUCAUCCUUUCAGCAUGUCGGCGAUGCAUACGGGACCGAUCCCCACGCUGAUCUUUCUGUCCUGGCUGCUGUUUUUGACAUUUGAUGAUCAUGCCGUCAAAGGCGUCGCUGCAUUCACCUCUGUGCCCCACCAGCGGUCCCUCAGACCCGCCCUCUUGUCCACGAGAAGACGCCCUAUCGCCUCGUCCCUCACGCGAAUGGCGCACGCAGCUCCCACCGGCUCAGAGGAAUCGAUGAAGGCCACCUUCGAUGAGGCUACCAAUGGCGUGGAGUCGUUCAAAAGGCGCAUAUCGCUGCUGGGGUCGACGGGAUCCAUUGGCACACAGACGCUGGACAUCAUUCGCGAGCGGCCGCAGAACUUCGAGCUUGUUGGCCUGGCUGCCAGGUCCAAUGUGGAGCUGCUGGCUGAGCAAAUCAGGGAGUUCCGGCCAGCGAUGGUGGCUCUGGAGGACGGGAGCAAGCUUGGCGCACUGGAGGCGCUGCUGGAGGGGAUGGAGGGCGACAGGCCAACACUGGUGACAGGAAUGGAUGGCGUCUGUGAGGUGGCCAAGAUGGACCAGGCGGACAUGGUGGUCACGGGCAUCGUGGGCUGCGCCGGGCUGCUGCCGACCAUUGCGGCUAUCGAGAACGGCAAGGACGUCGCGCUGGCCAACAAGGAGACCCUCAUUGCGGCCGGGCCGGUGAUUGUGCCUCUGCUGAAAAAGCACGGCGUCUUCAUGACUCCCGCCGACUCAGAGCACUCGGCGAUAUUCCAGUGCCUGCAGGGGGUGCCGCCAGGAGGGCUGCGCAAGAUCAUCCUGACGGCGUCUGGCGGGGCCUUUCGCGACUGGCGCAAGGAAGACCUGGUCAACGUGCGUGUGGAGGACGCAUUGAAGCACCCCAACUGGGCGAUGGGUGCCAAGAUCACGAUCGACUCGGCCACUCUGAUGAACAAGGGUCUGGAGGUGAUCGAGGCGCACUACCUGUUCGGUGCGUCGUACGACGACAUCGAGGUGGUCAUCCAUCCCCAGUCCAUCAUCCACUCGAUGGUCGAGACCCAAGACACCUCAGUCCUCGCGCAGCUCGGCUGGCCAGACAUGCGCCUGCCCCUCGUCUACGCCAUGAGCUGGCCCCACAGGAUACCCAUGCACGCCUACGAGCGGCUCGACCUCGUCAAACUAGGCAGCCUGACAUUCAAGGCCCCCGACUUCGACAAGUACCCCUGUCUGCGGCUGGCGUACGAGGCAGGCAGAAUGGGCGGCACCAUGCCGGCGGCUCUCAACGCGGCCAACGAGAUGGCGGUCGAGCGGUUCAGGCAGGGGGAGAUCCAUUAUCUGGAGAUCCCGAAGCUGAUAGAGUUUGUCAUGGAUGCGCACAGGGGGGAUCACAAGACCGAGGGCAUCACGCUCGACGACAUUCUGGCCGUUGACGCGUGGGCGAGGGAGAAGGGGAGAGAGUACGUCCACGUGCCACAGAAGCAAGAGCAGCAGCAGCAGCAGGAGAGGGAGGGUUUAGUUGGCAAGGCAGACGAGAGUCUGACGCUGACGUGACAGUUGCUGACGAGAGACCAUUUGAGAUGUCCUCGAUGCGACGCGAUGCGACUGUGAUAGGCUUUUGAUAUUGUUGACUGACGUCUUUGUUGCAUUCAGUGACAAAGGACUGAUGAGUCGUCAACUACGCCUGAAAUGAAUCCUCC